GAAGUUGAUUUCAAUAGGCAAUGUGGUCAAGAUGAUGUUGGUAGAGUGUUAGAAUUCGUUCCUAUUCGAUCCUAUUUUGAGAUGAUCAUAGUUACUCACUACAUAUUGGGAUAGGAUUGUUUACUUAAGAAGAGUCUAGUCUACCAUGAUCGAUCUAUCAAACACUUCUUCCAUGCCGGAAGAUGAGGAGGAGGACAACCUAGGUCCGAGGAAGGGUCUGGCGGGAUUCCUAGGCACAAUUGCAGUCUUGGGAUUCUUCGGAAACUCUCUUGUCGUUCUUGCCGUCGUCUUGUACCCAAAGCUGCGGACAAUUACCAACGUGUAUCUCACAAGCCUUGCCUGCAGCGAUAUCCUUUUGAGCUUAACAAUUCCCUGGCUGAUUGUCGGGUUGGUAUCGCCUCAAGGAUGGCCACUAUCGGAUGAGAGCUGUAUAUUGGUGGCUAUUGUCAGAUUCACCUGUAGCGGUAGCAGUGUGUGGCAUUUGGUUGCUAUCGGAUUCAACCGAAUGAUCCUAAUCACAACUUCCAGUGAAACUUACAGAAAGAUAUACAGCCGUGCUAACACUGCCAUUAUUCUCAUGGUCACGUGGUUAAUUCCUUUCACCGUCAUCAUAGUACCUUAUGCCAUUGGUGCCACGGAACUCGGCUAUGAUGACGGUCCUCAUCUCUGCAGUGACAUCGAAGACCGGCCAGACGGAACGGAGAAUCUCCUCCACACCUACAUAGCUGGUACCUUCUUAACAUGCAUCCCGUUGUUCAUCGUGUUAUGCGUAUACCUCCGCAUCUAUGUUCAUGUCCGACUGCACGUACGGAAGCAGAAUGCAUGGUCUUCGGGGCAUCAGAAGCAGCAGCAACAGCAGCAGAACAAUGCGGUAGCUACCGUAAGUUCGACUGUUCAAGACCCAGGAUUAACCGAGAAGCAAAUCAAGGAAGGCACUAAAAGUAGCGAACGUUUUAGUGAGAACAACGCAGGUGGUGCCGGAGACCAAUCCAAAGCAGCUCAUGAAAAUAAAACAAAGAAUCCCACCGCUGCCACCAAUAAACCACCAGCCAAGAAAGGCAACGACCUUGAGACCCGAAUCACCAAGAACACUUUCUAUGUAGUCGUUGGGUUCCUCCUAUGCGUUGUUCCAUAUGGCAUCUGUGUCCUCAACCGCUUUGGGCCCGAUGGUACACCUUUAGGUCAAGGUUUCCUUUUGUUCAACGUUUGCAUGAACCCAAUAAUCUACGGCACCAAGCACCCACACUUCAGGGCGGCUAUCAGAAAUAUCUUCAUGGGUCGAGUUUCGGGCCCACUGGCCACGUCUAAUUCAGUUGGACCGGUCAGUCAGACACAAGGCACUGCUUGAUUAUCAUAUGAAUGACAUUCAUAUUAACCGUAUGGAAAAUAAUCAUAGUUUGGUUUGAUUCUUCGCACCACCGUAGACCUUGAACCGUGGUAGGAUGUGGGUGAUAUUAUAAAGGAGUUUCUUGAUAUUAUUCACCUGACGUUUCGCAAAGCAAACUGUCCAUGUAACUAAAUGUUGAUUAAUUGUGAGUCAGGUUAUGGCUAAAAUUGUACAUUCUUUCUCAUGUCUUCAUCUAAUUUUCCGUAUACAACUAUGACGUUGGCAGUCGUUUGAGUUGAAAAUUGAAUAACAAAAUGAUAAUUUGUUUUCUGACUUAUCAAAUAGAUAGAUCAAUUAUUUACUGGGUUAAAACCAUAAGUAUUUGCAAUGUAAUGAAACUUUCUCAGCAAGCCUAUAACAUUCAAUUUCAUUGUCCAUGGCGGACUAAUAUAAGAAUGGAUGUCAGAUUAAAUCAGAGGAACUGAGGGCUUUAUUCUUAUUUCAUCGUAACUGUGUCAUGGACCAGCGAUGGCCUGGUGGUACAGUCGCUUACUGGCAAUCAUGAAAGGGUCAAAUCCUGCUGGUGACUAGAUUUUUUUCUGACUUAUCAAACAGAUCGAUCAAUGCGAUGUUAUUUACUGGGUCAAAGCCAUAUUAAGUAUUUACAAUGUAAAGAAAUAAUAAUUGGUAAAGCAUAUCCUGUCAUGCAUACGCCCUGAUGUUUUAGCGUCUGGCUUCUUUU